AAUUCUCAUGCUUGAAGAGAAAGCAUUUCAGCUGCUGUUGCUGCUCUGAGGAAAGUUCUGCUAUCGGCUACUCCACUAACUCUUUCUUUGUCCAGUAACAUGACCAGCAAGAAAGUAAUUGCAGUGUUUGGAGCGACAGGAGCUCAGGGUGGCUCUGUGGCCAGGGCCAUUUUGGAAAGUGAAAAGUUUGCUGUGAGAGCACUGACCAGGGAUGUGACUCGAUCAAAUGCGCUGGUGCUCCGGGACCUUGGUGCUGAGGUGGUAAAAGGGGACCUGAAUGAUGAAGCAUCAGUGGAGGCUGCCUUAAAAGGUACCUACGGGGCCUUCGUGGUGACCAGCUUCUGGGACCAUCAUAGCAAAGAGAAAGAAGUGUGUCAGGGAAAGCUGGUGGCGGAUGCCGCCAAGCGCCUGGGUCUGCAGCACGUGGUGUACAGUGGCCUGGAGAACGUCAAGCGCCUCACGGGCGGGAAGCUGGAGGUUGGGCACUUUGAUGGGAAGGGAGAGGUAGAGGAGUAUUUCUGGUCCAUUGGUGUUCCCAUGACCAGCGUCGCAUGGCAGCUUACUUUGAAAACUUUCUCACCAUGUGGAAGCCACUGAAAGCCUCCGAUGGAGAUUACUGUACUUUGGGUAAAUAAAAGUUUGCAGUGAAAGUUAACCAGAUCCCUGCUGUCCUCCCCUCCCUAUCCCCCCUUUCCCUUCCUCCUUCUCCUUAGUGAACAUAUAUCCCUCGAGUGCCUACGACAUGCUUAGCUCUGUGUGAAGUGCUGAGAGGGAUACCAAACUGUCCUAGACCACACAGAGAACUGGUUCUUGGACUGGAAACACAAAGGAUUUCCCUUCCAAUCGUAACAGUCUGAUACUCCUUAUAAUAAGUAGUUAGCUAUGUGACCUCAAGCCUCAGUUUCCUCAGGUCUAGUGGCAAAGUUGGGUAAGGUGACUUCUAAGGUCCCUUCUAGCUCAUCCAGCUAACCUCCUAUGGCAACGGAAGCCAUUCUCCUAUUGAUCUGGGUCCCAUGGUCAGAAUCCUUAGAGGGACCGUGACUCUCCAAGGAUAGCUUCCCAGCUCUGCCUGCAGAGUCCGAUUCUGUAGGUCUGGGCUCGGGCCUGGAAGCCUGUAGUUUUAACAAGGAUUCCUGGCAAUUCUAAGGCUGUCAAUCCGCUGGAGAGCAUUCCCCUGCCCUUUGGGGACAUUGUUUUGCCCAUAGUCCAAGGUGGCUCUGUGGAGUGGAGGGAAUAUGGAUGACAGUAAUUCAGUGUCAAUGGCCACAGUUCAAUCCUUUUUCCCUGGCACAGAAGUAAGAUUCAUCAGAGGCAUAACUACUGGCAGUCAAAGUAGACCUGAGCUAGACAGAGCCAGAAACAUCUGCCAUACAUCACAGAUGACCUGCGUAAUAGUUCAACAAACAUCGAGAUAAAUGUAUAAAUGUGCUACAUCUCUUUAUCCCCCUUUCUUCCUAUACCCCUACCAGGUUUCAGAAGCCAGCUCACUGACAUUUCCCAGGUCCUGAAUUAGGACAUUGUAAUCUAUUGGUUGUAUUGGCCUGGGUGAAGAGGUGAUGCCCUAAACGUCUCCUGAUACCCAGUCCCAUCUGGGACCCCAGAGUCUAUACAACCCAGUCUCAGGUAUCCCUGAGACUCAGGUAUCAUUCUCUACUAUAGCAAUAGCUAUCAUUUACUGAGCACUUACUAGGGGCCUGGCACUGUGCUAUUUACCUCCAUUUUACAGAUGAGGAAACUGAGGCACAGGUAGGUUAAGUAACUUUCCCAAGAUCUCUAGAAAGGCAGGACCAGGACACGGAUCCAGGCCGUCUGGUUCCAGAGCCACAUUCUUUACCUCUGUCCCAUAGCUGCUUUUAGUCUCAUCCUGAGACCCUCAACCCUCAAAUAAAAAUGAACCUCAAAGUCAGAAAAGACCUGACUCUGAAUACCUCAAAGCUCAAAUUGCUUUUCAAAUAUAAAAUACCAUUAUAAUUUAAUCUGACAGUUUGCCUACCAAGAAAUUCAGGCUGGAACCUAAUUUUGCUACAAAAGACCAAGUAUGAUAUUUAGUGCCUGGCUGCUAAGCCUGAAGUCACUUUUACACUGGAAUGAAAUUCAGAGACCUUGAUUCUUAGCCUAUUGCUAUAAUAGCUGUGAAGCACGGGUGAGUCACUAGGCUUAGUUUCUUCAUUUAAAAAAUGAGACUGCUGGGGCUACAUCAUGUCCACUUUGGGGUCCAGCCCCAGGAUUCUGGGAUUCUGGGAAUCUAUGAGAGGCCAUGUCACACUGUAAGAAGGGCACAGGCUUUGGGGUGACACAUGAGGGUUUGA